AUGGGGGACUACCAGCCAGAAGCAUAUGGCGCCUUUGUCGUCUGUCGCGAGACCAGUCUCCUGCCCAAACGCGUUUUUGACAUCUUAUCCCACUGCCAUGGCUUGAUGCGAGUCGAUCUCGCCCCAAACCACGCUCUGGACACUUCUCUGGAGUUUACUUCGAUUUCACAUUCACAAGCUGCCUUGAGAGCCAAGCUACCGGGGAGUAAAACAGCCUAUGUCAAGUUUGCCGAUGCUUCAAGCGCAGAGCAAGCUAUUGAUAAGGUCAAUGGAUUUCUGAUUUGUGAACAUCAAUUGGAGCUUUCAAUCACGGCCCCAAUAGAUCUGGACCAAAUAUCUGGAAGUAGGACGAACAGCUGGGACCAUACAGACCAGACUAGAUGGGGACGAGGCAACAAUGCUCUAGUUGCAUCAAUGCUGAAAUUACUGUCUACGAAACAAAUCUACGAUUCAGAGCAUAUAAGCCCUAACAAGCUUGACGACUUCAAGAUUCUUGACGAUGAUGAGUAUGAAGUGUCAAUUAGCUACCAUCAAUUAUUGCAAGCUCGAAUAGCAGUAAGGUUACCUCAGGAUCUGGACAUCUCCAAGUCCACCGUCUCCGAACAUAACCUCCAAAACCUCCUCAUCGACUUCAGAGCCUUCGCUACUCGAGUCGAGAAUAUGCGCUUUCUCCGGAAAGCUCUGCAGCAUGUGAUUGAACUACCUCCUAGGUUGGAUGAGGUGUCCACGAAGAAUCUGUUCAUGGUUGGAGAUUAUUUGGCAGAGACAAAUGGAUUAACCGAACUGCCGGUGGUCUUUCAAGAACGGAUGCAUCGUUGCCUCCAUGAUGAUCUUGAGAAGCUGUAUGCUGCAGAGGUUGAGGUCGAUUUGCAGUGGGAGGAUAUUUAUGAUGAGGCAAUUAUGAGGGAGGAAGAUGCUACUUGA